GGGUGGGAUCUGCGCGGCGCCCGCCCGGCUCCCGGCCGCUGACGCUCAAUGCUGCGGCCGCGGGCUGCUGCGGGGAGCCGCGCACCUCGGCGCCGCUGCGCUCCGCGGGGCCCCCCGCCCCGCCCCGCCCAGGUACUGGAAAUUUGACUGAAGACUACAUAUGCACUGGGGUAAGCAAUACCUGGUUUUGGUUUCCUGAAAUGACUCAAUUAGACAUUGCAUAAAAUCUAGAAGCCACCCUGUUCUGUUACUGGACUCGAGUCUCCCUUGACCUGGGAAGCUGAAGAUGAGGUUGCUAUGGGAACUGCUCGUGCUGCAGUCGUUCAUGGUGUGCCUUGCAGAUGACAGCACGCUGCACGGGCCGGUUUUCCUGCAGGAGCCGAGCAGCCUGGUCUUUCCCUUGGACUCCGAGGAGAAGAAAGUGAAGUUGAGCUGCGAAGUCAGAGGAAAUCCCAAACCGACUAUCGGGUGGAAGUUGAAUGGAACCGGUAUUGACAUCGGUAUGGAUUACCGCUACGGCGUGGUGGAAGGCAACCUGUUGAUCAAUAACCCCAAUAAAACCCAGGAUACUGGAACGUACCAAUGUGUAGCAACAAACCCUUUUGGAACAAUUGUUAGCAGAGAAGCAAAGCUUCAGUUUGCAUAUCUUGAAAACUUCAAAACAAGGACAAGAAGUACAGUGUCAGUCCGCCAAGGUCAGGGAAUGGUGCUGCUGUGUGGACCACCACCACACUCUGGAGAGCUGACCUACGCGUGGAUCUUCAACGAGUACCCGUCGUUCGUGCAUCAGGACAACCGCCGCUUUGUCUCGCAGGAGACCGGCAACCUCUACAUCGCCAAGGUGGAGGCUUCGGACGCCGGCAACUACACGUGCGUGGUGACGAACGCGGUGACCAACGGCCGGGUGCUGGGGCCCCCGACGCCCCUCGUCCUCAGGAAUGAUGGGGUGAUGGGAGAGUACGAGCCAAAAAUAGAAGUGCAGUUCCCCGAAACGGUUCCCUCUGCAAAAGGAACAACGGUGAAACUGGAGUGCUUUGCCUUGGGAAACCCAGUUCCUACUAUUAGCUGGAGGAGAGCAGAUGGGAAGCAAAUACCCAGAAAAGCCAGGAGACACAGAUCGAGUGGAGUUCUUGAAAUCCCAAAUUUUCAGCAGGAAGAUGCUGGACCCUAUGAGUGUGUAGCUGAAAAUGUGCGAGGGAAAAACGUGGCACGAGGACAGCUGACAUUUUAUGCACAGCCCAGCUGGGUCCAGAAGAUCAGCGAUGCUCACGCGGCGAUGGAGGAGACGGUGGCGUGGGAGUGCCGAGCGGCCGGGCGCCCCAAGCCCUCCUACAGCUGGCUGAAGGACGGCGAGGCCCUGCUGCCCCAGGGGAGAAUUCGGAUAGAGCAGGGAUCACUUACAAUUACAAAUGUGAGCUUGUCAGAUGCCGGCAUGUAUCAGUGCGUGGCAGAAAACAGACACGGCGUCAUUUUUGCCAGUGCAGAACUGAGUGUCAUAGCUGUCGGUCCAGACUUUUCCAAAACGCUUUUGAAGAAGUUAACUCUUGUUAAAGUGGGCGGUGAAGUGAUCAUAGAGUGUAAGCCAAAAGCUUCCCCCAGACCGACUUAUUCUUGGAAGAAAGGAAAAGAUAUCCUAAGAGAAAAUGAAAGGAUCACGGUGUUGGAUGAUGGAAGCCUCCGAAUUGUCAAUGUGACUAAAUCAGAUGCUGGAAGUUACACCUGUGUAGCAACGAACCACUUCGGGACAGCCAGCAGCACUGGCAGUUUGCUUGUGAAAGAUCCAACACGGGUUAUGGUGUCACCUUUCAGCAUGGACGUCACUGUUGGAGAAAGUAUUGUCUUGCCUUGUCAGGUGUCUCAUGAUCACUCGCUAGAUAUUCUGUUUACUUGGUCAUUUAAUGGACACCUGAUAGACUUUGAAAAAGAUGGGGAUCACUUUGAAAGAGUUGGAGGGCAGGAUUCAGCUGGUGAUUUGAUGAUCAGAAGCAUCCAGCUGAAGCAUGCUGGGAAAUAUGUCUGCAUGGUGCAAACAAGUGUGGACAAGCUAUCGGCUGCUGCAGACCUCAUUGUAAGAGGUCCCCCAGGUCCACCCGAAGCUGUGACAAUAGAUGAAAUCACUGACAGCACAGCGCAGUUGUCCUGGAGACCAGGAGCAGACAAUCAUAGCCCUAUUACCAUGUACGUCGUGCAGGCGAGAACCCCCUUCUCCGUGGGGUGGCAAGCGGUGAGCACAGUUCCAGAGAUCAUCGAUGGCCGGACGUUCACAGCAACAGUGGUGGGUUUGAACCCGUGGGUCGAGUACGAAUUUCGAGUAGUGGCUGCCAACCUUAUUGGGAUCGGAGAACCAAGCAGACCGUCAGAGAAGAGAAGAACUGAAGAAGCUCUUCCUGAAGUCACCCCAGCUAACGUCAGCGGAGGCGGAGGGAGCAAGUCUGAGCUGGUCAUUACCUGGGAGACGGUGCCCGAGGAGCUGCAGAACGGCGGUGGCUUCGGAUACGUGGUGGCCUUCCGGCCCUUCGGCACCGUCAGCUGGAUGCAGACCGUCGUGGCCUCUCCCGACGCCUCCCGAUACGUGUUUCGCAACGAGACCCUGCCGCCCUUCUCGCCCUACGAGGUGAAGGUGGGAGUGUACAACAACAAAGGCGAAGGGUCUUUCAGCCCCGUCACCGUCGUCUACUCGGCCGAGGAAGAACCGACCAAAGCUCCAAGCAGUGUUUCUGCCAGAAGCCUUUCUGCUUCAGACGUUGAAAUUUCUUGGGCUUCCCCUCGAGAGAAUCCAAACAAAGGAAGAAUACAGGGCUACGAGGUUAGAUAUUGGAGACAUGAUGAAAAGGAAGAAAAUGCAAAAAAAAUCAGAACUGUUGGUAAUCAAACAUCCACAAAAGUCACCAAUUUGCGGGGCAACGCACUGUAUCAUUUAGCAGUCAAGGCGUACAACACUGCCGGGACAGGACCCGCCAGCGCCACGGUCAAUGUCACGACAAAAAAGCCACCGCCAAGUCAGCCCCCCGGAAACAUCAUAUGGAAUUCGUCUGACUCCAAGAUUAUACUGAACUGGGAUCAAGUGAAAGCCCUGGAUAACGAGUCGGAGGUGAAGGGAUACAAGGUUUUGUACAGGUGGAACAGGCAGAGCAGCACCUCCGUGAUAGAAACCAAUAAGACGUCCGUGGAGCUGUCCCUGCCCUUCGAUGAGGACUACAUCAUAGAGAUAAAGCCGUUCAGCGAUGGCGGCGACGGCAGCAGCAGCGAGCAAAUCCGCAUCCCAAAGAUGUCGAGUGCGUAUGCGAGGGGAUCCGGCUCUUCAGCGUCCAACGCUUGCACCUUGUCGGCCAUCAGCACAAUAAUGAUAUCGCUCACAGCUCGGUCCAGUUUAUGACAAAAAUUACAUUGAGGACUUCUCGUUUAUAAUAUAAGCAACAUUUAGCUAGUUGUUUUGAAGACACCCAGUACUAAGUAAUAUUGUGGUCUGAGUACAUCUUACUACUGGAAAAAUGUUUAUGCUUCUUUAGGAAUGGCAUUAUACAGUACUUCCUCAAAGCAAAUAUAGCUUUGUCUGAAGUUUCCUUGGAAACUCUGCAAUGCACUGAAAACAUCUGUAAUAUGAUGUUACCAAAGCAGUUUACAUAUGUCCUUAUAUGCAUAUUUUUUAUUAUAUAUUUAGUGUUUUAUAGAAUUUUUUAAAGUUAACAUAUGAUGUAGAUAUUAAUUUUUCCUCUGCUAUAAAAUGCUAUGGACAACAUGACCAUAAAAAUAUUGUUUGGGAUUUUUUCCUUUAUGACUGAGAGUUCAAAGCUGUUCUUAGUAAAUUGGCUGCAACCGUAUCGUACAGGUUUACAAGGCUACGCAACGGCAGAACUGUUUCCGAUCCAGUUCUUAAUGCAGCCGUAUUUAAAUGGCAGUUAUGAUCUUUGUGUUAAAUCAACUGCUUUUAACACACAAGAUAUUUUACAUUUUAUUUAGAGGACUAAGCAAGACAAAUGCGAAGUAAUCACUAAGAACACUAUACUAUAAUAUCAAAAAAUUACACAGAUUUUUGGUCAUUUGUGGACUACAGUACAUGUAGAUAAUAUGUUGACAUCACGCAGUAAGGUUCCAUUUUUACUGUCUUGAAAUAGCUUUGUCUUUCUCAUAGUUAGCAUUAAAUUGGAUAGGAAUGAAGGUACUGCAAAGACGUAAUCUCUGCCUCUAGUGACACAAAGCGAAAGGUACUGGAGCGACUGAACAACAUGAUUCUGACCUUUAGGUGCCCUGGUGUAAACCCAGCUAACUCGGUGGUGUUUGUCUGGAUUUUAUACCAUGGAAAUUCGAAUACAGCAGCUCUGAGACAUUCAGCUACCACUGGUUUCGUCGUCUGAACAUUCACUUAUUUUCAGUGUGCAUUUUAACGUAAUCCGUAAUUCUUCAUGACUCCACUCUAGAGAAUGUUUGUGAAAUCUGAUUUGAAUCCAGAUCAUCAGAUAAGAUGUAUCAUACUUCUAGGGACGUCACGCGGAAGCGUGAAGGGACUCGCAUGAAUUUGCAAAUUAUCUGCAGGGAGGUACGAGCUCUCAGCAGUGCUGUGCUAGGAAGUCUACAUUUCUUUAGAAACUUUUCGUAGAAGUCAGAAGGCAUAGUAGAAUCACACUGGAAAAUGACAAUAUCCACAGCAAAAUAAUUCUUCUUAAGAGAAGGACUGUUUGUUACUAUGGGGUAAUUUUGUAAGUUCACUCAGAUGGGAUAAUGCUAGUAAAAGGCAAUGGAAUUUUCUAUACAAUUUUCAAGUUUAAAUGCGCUGCAGUGGUUUAUUAUUAUUUUUCCUGAUAGCUUGAACUUGCCUGUAACUUGUCUUUUUUGCUUACAAAUAAUACGAUAAACUUUUAGACCUUCUAAAUAUAUUUAUUCAGUAACUCAUAAUCAGGAUUCCACUUGUGUAGAAGUCAGGGGUGUUGACCAGAGAAAUAUUGUCAGUAUUUCAAGCUGUGUUCCUUUCCUAGUUUGAUAUGGUUACUUCUAUGUAAAAAAACAAAAACAAAAAAACCACAAAAACAAGAAAAAUGGAACAAAAAAAGCUUAUGUAGUUUUCUCCCCAGUGUAAAUGAUAUUUACCAGUGAUCUAGCAGAUGUAAUCUUUUUUUAAAGGUAUUGGUAAUAAAUAUUCUGUCAUUUGUAAAGAUA